CGGUCGAACUACAUCAUUUCGGACAAUCGCAUCCGAUGAAACCCUGGCGGCUCACGCUCACGAAACAGCUGGUGAUGGCCUAUGGCAUGCACCAUGCGAUGGACCUAUACCUGGCGCGCCGGGCCACAUACGAGGAGAUGGAGGAGUUCCACACGUCCGACUAUCUCGACUUUCUCCGCCAAGUGAACCCGGGAGAUAUGGAGAACUCGGAACAGAGCGAGAACAUUGCGCGCUUCAAUUUUGGGGACGACUGCCCGAUCUUUGAUGGCCUAUACAACUACUGCUCGCUCUACGCUGGCGGCACCAUCGACGCGGCCCGCAAACUGUGCAACAACCAGUCGGAGAUCGCGAUCAACUGGUCGGGUGGCCUCCAUCACGCCAAAAAGUCCGAAGCCAGCGGCUUCUGCUACGUGAACGACAUCGUCCUGGGCAUCCUGCAGCUCCUCCGCCUCCACCCGCGCGUCAUGUACAUCGACAUCGACGUGCACCACGGCGACGGCGUCGAGCAGGCCUUCUGGUCCACGGACCGGGUGCUGACCGUCUCCUUUCACAAAUACGACAAGGACAACUUCUUCCCCGGCACGGGCGCGCUUGACAGCAACGGGCCGACGCACCCGCUGAAUCCGGGCGCGCACCACUCGGUCAACGUGCCCCUCCACGAUGGGAUCGACGACGAGUCGUACAUCCAGCUCUUCCGCGACGUGAUCGGCUCGUGCGUGGACGUCUACCGGCCCGGCGCCAUCGUGCUGCAGUGCGGCGCCGACUCGCUGGGCUGCGACCGGCUGGGCUGCUUCAACCUCAACGUCUCGGCGCACGGCGCGUGCGUCGCCUUCGUCAAGACCUUCAACCUGCCGCUGCUGGUCGUCGGCGGCGGCGGCUACACGCCGCGCAACGUCUCCCGCGCCUGGGCCCACGAGACCUCGAUCCUGCUCGACGCCCAGGACGUCAUCGACCCCAACAUCCCCGAGACCGUCACCUUCCGCAACCACUUCGGCCCGGACUUCUCCCUGUUCCCCCCGCUCUCCGAGAUGCGCAAGCUCGAGAACAAGAACCCCCGCCCCUACCUGGCCGGCCUGCUGCAGUCCAUCCGCGAGCAGCUCCGCUACAUCGAGGGCGCCCCCAGCGUGCAGAUGAGCUUCAUCCCCCCGGACAUCCUCGGUCUGCGCGAGGACACCGAGAAGGAGAUCGAGGAGGAAACGGCGCUGAUGGAGGAAGAGCGCGAGGACCGCGCCGGCGGAGGCAGUCUGGGCAAAGCCAGUCGGCGGAGGGAGCUGGAACGCGCCGCCGGCCAACGGGGGGAGCUAUAUCAGUAGUACCUUCUAGGUGCUACCUUCCUCUCAGUUUGUGGGUUUUGUUCUUCCGUGCUAGGGUCGUCAGCUGCAUACUUUGAUUUUCAUUUGUUUUCCGGUGUUAACGGUUGGGGUUUUGCUUCAUGGGAUGAGUGAUAGCGGCGUCUUUGGGGUUUCAUUGAUGGGAGGCGGACAGUGCAAUAUACAGCAUGUGCAGUUUUUUGCAGAUACAGAUAGGUUGUGAUAUCCUGUUGUUGUUGUUGUUGUUGUCGUUGGGUCUUGUAUGAUAACU